AUGCGUGACGGAAGCUUAAGUUACGAGAGGUUUUGUAUGGAAGCAGAGCUGCUGCAGAGAAGAUCACAUGAACUAGCAAGUCGACAGGAUGUAGAGAAUGAAAAGCAGUGUGUUGCUACGUGGGAAUGGAGACAUGGCUAUCGACAGCACUUGGAUGGGAACUCGUUCCUCGUGUCAAGUGAAAAUGCUCGGCAAUAUCAUUCAAAUGCUGUAUAUACGAGUAUGAAGCAUGACAAGGAGAUGGAUCGAGAUACCAAUGAACUGUUGCCGAUUGAAGAGUACGACUGGAAGAAUGACGAUCAAGUUUCAACGACGUUGCAGUCUCAAGAAGUCACGACUGCAUUGCUUGAAUUCCACAUUGUCUACCACACCAUUUACCAGACGCCGGUGCUGUACUUUCGGGUAUCAGCAGUCGAUGGAUUACCAUUGCCAUCGGAAAUUGUCACUCAUGAAGUUAAAUUUCCUGGAUCUAAUGGUCGGUCAACGUUUGUUGCCAUGGAGGAGCACCCGAUAUUAGGCAAACCAUUCUCAUUUCUCCAUCCGUGUGAAACUGCUGCUGCCAUGCAAUUAUUGCAAGCUCAAAUCCAGACUAAUGAUAGUACAAAGACUUUGUCGGAGGUCAAAGUACCUCGGUACCUUGCAAGUUGGCUCAGCUUGGUGCAACCUUUGACAGGUAUAUCACCAUUCGAGUAUUAUUCUAUAUGA